CGGAGCAACAGGUUGUGUCGGAGGCCAACAAGUUAAGCAAGAAGUGAGCGAAUGAACACCGCCCUACUGUAACAGUUGUGUACGCAGGUUGACAUUUCAGGAGGCUCUUUAACUGCCACAGUCUGCGAAGACAUUUGUAUUCCCCACUCCAUUCAAUAAGUGUACAUGAAGGGACUUUUUACGGAGGACUUAACCCGCCAGAGUUGAGGCACUAUCAAUGUUUUAUCCCAUGUAUCGGAUAUGGUUUCUGCUUCUCCUGGGAGGAUUCGCCGUGCCAGGGGUGCGACAUGUCAGUGGGAUAGAGAUUUACACUUCGACAGAGCUGGAAGUGGUCAAUGGGACUAAUGUCAAACUGAAGUGCACCUUCACUUCCAGUGAACCGGUGUCACUUCAGUCCGUCAUAGUGUCCUGGAACUUCCGUCCCUUAAAUUCAGGAUCAGAUGAGUCGGUGUUUUUCUACCAGGAGGUACCAUACCCUCCCAAGCAAGGGCGAUUUAAAGACCAUGCGGUGUGGUCGGGAGAUGUUUUGAAACGCGACGUCUCCAUCACCCUGCAUGAGGUGCUUCCGACCUUUAAUGGCACCUACAUCUGCCAGGUGCGCAACCGCCCAGAUGUGCACGGCAGUAAUGGAGAGAUCGUCCUCAGAGUCGUCAACAAAGUGUCCCUCUCUGAGAUCGGGAUCUUGGCAGCGACCGUUGGAGGUGCCUGUGCUGUAAUCUUGAUCCUCCUCGGUAUCUUCGUGGCGGUGAGGUUCUACAGGAGAAAAAACCGGGGAAAUGACAUUGAGCUGCACCCACGCGAGCACGAGCGGAAGGACCCGACCGUGUGUUUACCUGAAGAGGCAGUUCAUCUGAAAGUUGUGACAGUGGAGAAAGAAGUUGAUAGUUCAGAUGAUGAGGAGUCUGAAUCAGGCAGCGUGGAGCAUGAUGAGGAAAGAGGAAGCCUAGAGAUGGAUGAUGAUGAUGAUGAUGGCAGUGAUGAUGAUGAUGACUAAUUGGAGAAGUGUGUACAUUUAGUCAUUGAUUUUUAGAUUAGUUUAUUGAUUAGAAUUGCCUUUCUCGUUAUGACAUUAACCUUUUUGCUAUUCAUUAACAUGAUUGAAUGUUUAGAUGUAAUAUAUUGUAUUUUUUCAGUGCAUUAUGGUCACUGAAUUACAUUAAUACAAGAAGUUAAAAGACUACUGCACCAAUUUAGCAUUAUACUCCUACUGUCUAACAUAUUUACAAUGGAUUUUUUUUAAAAGGAACAAAAUAGAAGGAGCAGAACCAAAGAUGUUCCUUAUCAACACCAGGUGCCUACAUUACCCACAAUGCAACACGCAAUGCUAGUAGGUUAAUGUAGCUUAGAGCCUCAAGCAGAGACGUGGAGCGGGCUUUUCAUUCAUUUUCAAACUUGUUGUCUACAGCCCCAACCCACGCUGACCUAAGUGACAUCACUUAAGGCAGUUCAUCAGCCUUCCUCCCUCUGGAGCCACAAAAGGCUUUAUACAACUUUUUUACACAAAUGCAGCAGUAGUCCCCAAGACCUGUAAACAGAUGGAGGUGGAGUCUGUGUGUUUGAUGAAUGUGGACUGAUGGUUGUGAGUCUGGUCUGUCAUACAUGGCCUCUGUAACUUUUUUUUCUUUGUGCUAAUUCGACUGGAUUUCCAUACAGCUGCUGCUAGAACUCUGUUGCCUUAGAUCAAUGUUGUGAAAAUCAUGAAUUUUCAUGUUGGAUAAAUGGAAUAUAGAUUUUUAAAGAGAUGAUCCGGUUUAAUUUGGCUCAUUGUUAAAAGCACUCUAUACCAGUGCAGACAGUGUUUGCAUAGCUUUGGUGUUGCCAGAUUAAAUGUUUUUCCUGUUUAGUUUCUAAAAGCACCAACAGAGAGUAGAAUUUUAUGCAAGAAACAGCAUUUAACUGCGUCAUACUGUGUGUUUGCAGUCACUUUUGAAUGCUGCUGGAAAUAAAACAGCACAGGCUGCUGUCAUUUAAUUUUUGCUUCCAGAGAUUCUGUAAUAUCAAAUGAUAAUCAAAGUGUGUUUUUACCACAAUGGCAACAUUGCACAAGUGAUUUAUAUUUUGAUUCUGUAUAUAGUGUAAAAUAAACAGAACUUUACACUUUUUAUAACUCUUGUCCUGAAAUGUUGUCAUAUGUAUCUCUAUUUAGCGACUCUGGAAUAAACACUUUUUUU